AUGUCGACAUUCGGAACCGUCAGGAUCUUGCCGCGUCCUCUUGACGCGCUGUUUCCACGUCACGUGGUCGACCCUCGCGCUGCCGAAGACAACGCAUCAGUCGUAACCUCCGACAGCGAAGACGGCGGUGUUGCGAUCCCGCUAUCUCUGAAGAAGAAGAAGAAGAAACAUCGGGCAGGAAAGAAGCAUAGAAGAAGUGGCAAUAAAGUGCAGGGCACUACCACCAGCGCUGACACCUCUGAGAUCAACGAGACUGUCCUUAUCCCGCGCAGCCAAGAAGUCACUGCCAAACCGCUUGCAAGUUACGAAGACACUGCUCAAAACUACGAGUUCAACCACCGCCUCUCUCAUGAUGUCGGCGACUAUAUUGCCAUCUACGAGGACCGGAAAACUUCGCCUGCUACUGUGUUCGCUGCGCGAUCUCACGAGCCUUCCGACAUACAUAGAACCACUGAGUCGCCUGGCUCAAGCGCAUCUAUUCCUCGUCGCGAAGGGGCGCCCGGAAUUUCACAGCGGGCGAGCCCAGUUCUUCCGCCUGGAAAUAUGAGCGUGCAUCCAGCGCCCGACAAAACACCUGUAGAAGAGGUUGAUCUGACAACUGCCACGGGCGAGUACAAGACGCCUUCGCCGGCUACAGUUUUGGCUAAGGACCCCCUUGAUGCUUCCAAGGUUGCUCCAAGCGCCAAACCGGCCACAUUAAGCGCGUCUGCACGCAACCACAGCGAGGCGACAUCGCGACUGAGAGCGCAAGCGACUCCCUUUUCUUUGCCCGAAGACCUGAGCAUGUGGCUAUCGCCGGGUGGAACGCUUGUCGAAGGGUCUGACCACAUCAGCAGCCGCAAAGAUACCGGUGCAGAUGAUGGCGCUGAAUUAGUGCCGCAGUUGGCCCAGCAUGAGAUCUACAAGCAAGCUCGAGAAGAGCAGAACGAAGCUCGCAGAAAGACCGACGCUGAGAGGAGGUCAAGACAGAUUGUGCGCAUGCUGGAAGCGGAGCAAGAAAAGAGGCUUGCCGCUGUCGAAAGCAAGCUCGUACCCUACACCAACGAUGUCGCUGCACUAGGACCAUCAAAUGUUCCAACCAUCAAGUCCGCGCCCUCAGCUUCGCAUAAUGGUGGUGGUACAGAAGCUCAGCCCGUUUCGGUCCGCCGCAACGAUCAUUUCUACCGGAAGCUGGUUUCGAUCCAGGACAAGCAGUCGAUCCCGAUGCACAACAGCAACCCUCGGAGUAGGAUGGCCAUGUCAAGCAUAUCCUUCGCAUCUAUGCCGCCACAACAUGCCGCAGUGGCAAUAUCAUCACACCACCUAUCACGCCGGGAAAGGACGCAGCGGUGGAGAAUGGGGGUCCUCAAGGCCUCUCUCGGGCAGUUGUAA